GAGGCAGUCAGAACAGUGAAGGUGAGAGGUGCUGAUGUUCAGGUAAAGAACAUCAACAUUCAGGACUCAACUGACACACUGAAAGUGGCGCUCUGGAGGGACCUUACCGAUUCCUCGCUAGUUGGCCAGUAUGUCAAGUUACAGAACGUUGUGGUCACCUCAUACAAAGAUGAGGUUUCCGUCUCUUCAACAGCAAGGACACAAAUUGAGGACUGCCAAGAACCUGCCUCUACCAUAGAUGGAACGGUGGUGGCAUUUGAGGAAGGAGACUUAACUUUCUCCCUCAUGGUAGAAUGUGGAGAGAACUUCUCUACAUACGACGUCCCGUCAGAAAUGGUUUCAAGCGCCUUAGAUGAGGGUACGCUGGCAGAAAAGAUUCCUGCUGAGGCACAGUUUAAAAUUGAGAAGGGAACAGUUGUUUCAUUCAAAUUUCUGUAAAAUUGUGUUUGUCAAAAACGACUAAGGCUGUCCAGCUAGAGGGGAUACAGAUUUGAUGGGCAUGUGCCAGUAGGCCAUUUUAUGCUCACUUGAUUUUGUGCAGCUAAAUAUACCUUAUGUGCCAAAACACACAUAACUGCCAUAUUAGUAUUUACUUUUAUUACAUAAAUCUGUCUUGUUGUUCACUUUUCUUCAUGUAAAAAUGAAUCUAGUCAUUGAUUAGUGUUUUUUUGUUGUUGUUUUUUUUUGUAGUUCUGUUUUUUUAGUUUCAUUUUGUGUAUAUGUGUUUAUUUUAAAGAACAUCACUAUGUUGCUCUAUUGAAUAAUUUCUCCUUUUUGUUCAAUACAUUUCACAAUGCAACAGAACUUCAGAGUUCUUUUCCCUGUUCAAACAAUGAAAAUAUUUGAUGUUUCUUUUACCAAAUUUUUAUAGGCAACUAUUCCUUAUAAUGUGUUUCAUUGACUAUUCUUAUAUGGAAAUGCUCGUGUUCUAGUAUUUUGCUUACUUAAAUUAUCUUUAUAAUUGUUGUGUAUUGAUGUUCCUCCAAUUUUUAUCACGUCAAAAAAGCUGUAAUAAUAAUAUUAACACAAUUUGAACAUUGCUUUGAUUGUAUUCUCUACAAUUUUAACAGCUGCACGUCAAAAAGUUUUAAAAUACCUGUCUUGGACUCAUAAUUAUACCCCUUUAUUUCACUGGGAAACACAAACAACAUAAAAUCAUAUAAUAUGCAUAUAAGUAUAAUUACAACGAUCUAGUCAGUAUUAUGCCACAUAUUUUGUGUACAUCUUCAUUUUUUACAAAAAUGUGCUUUUUUCUUCUUGCUUUGUUUUAUAAUCAUCUUUAAAAAUGUUUCCUACACUUCUUGUUCAAUGUUGUAAAUAUGUAUAUAUGAGUAUGUGUCUCCUGCAGGUACGGUUGGAUAUCAUUAAGUAAAACAUAAAACGAUACAAUACUAGUAUUUUGAAAUUAUGGUAUUUUAACAGUUACGCUUCAUAUUUCUUUUCUCCAUAUAACAGAUGACACACUAAGACCAGCUUACUUGCAUUUAAUUACAAUAAUGUCAUGAUAGCGUUACCUUGAAAAAGCUUCCAUUUUAAUGGAAGAUCAUAUUUAACUUAAUAUUAAUAAAUCAAUGGAAACAAAGUGGCUGUCAUGUGAGAGCAAAUAAAUGGUUUUCAAAUUUUUCCUUCAAAACUGAGAAACAGAAAAACAUAUUAAUAUGAGCACAAACAUAUAGUGAUACUUUUUAGAAUGGUAAAGUGCCAUUAGUUUUGAUAUGGUUUCAGUAUCCAACCCUACCUGUGAUAGAUACACAGUUGUUCAGUUCAUUAAUUUGUGAUAUGUGCAUUUUUGGUCACCUGCCACAAGGUGGGCUUUUGUGAUCUCUUUCUGUCCAACUGUUGUCCGUCCGUAAACUUUUACUUUAAGUAACAUCUCCCCGUCACUGAUAAGCCAGUUUCAUCAAAACUUGGGCAUGGAACAUCUUUAUAUAAGUGUCAAUCAAGUUUUAUCAUAAAAAAGCCCUUUGGUAAAAAUUGUCCCCAACCCAAGGGGUAAUUAACUUCCCUUAUGUAUAUAGUAAGAACUUUUAGAAAAAUACCUUUAUCAGCUAGAGCAUAGAAAUAAAGUAUGAAACAUCUCAUAGUAUAAAGUAUCUACCAAAUUUGUUCAACUAAAACUCAUGGCGUCAAAAUUGGCCCUGCCCUAGGAGGUCAAUGAUUUUCUUUCCUAAUAUUACAACAUUACUUGUUCCUUGUUAUGGAAAUUUUUUAUAUUAAGGUGAGCGAUUUCAUGGUCCUCUUGUUUCUUCAUCUUUUCUGUCCAUAAUUUGCCAAACUAUUGUUUAUAAUAAUGUCUUUCAUAUAUGUCAUCAUAAAUACAUGAUUGAACACAAGCUAGAAUAUUUUCAUCAUGCUUCUUAACUGACAUAAGUUUAAGUUUUAAAUUUUUCACUUAAAACUUCUUUAAACACUUACAUUACUGCUCUUUUAUCAAAUAUACCUCACGGUCUUACUCUUUGCAUUAAAUCUAUUUGAUCAUAGUGUCACCAUUUUAGUGUUUAAAUAUUGAAUUUUGCAUCAGCCAGUGCUAGGGGGCGUGGGCAGUAACUUUCACUUUCUAGUACCGUCCAUGAACAGGCCUAAUCAAAUCAAGCCAGAAACAUUUUCAAUACUGUUGUGAGGAUUCUGUUUUUCUCUACUUUUUAAUUUUACCAACAAGUGUUCACUUUCAAACUUGUGAUCAUAGUAUUUUUGUACUACCUUUUUGUAUAAUGUUGUAUUUUAUUUAUGUUCUCAUGCUAAGAUUACCUUGGCUAACUCAUGACAAGUGCAAACAUAUUCAACUUUUUUAUGUUUUCUUUCUUUUUUUUUGCCUAUUUUUGCCAACAUUAUUUACUUUUUUUAAACAUUGUUCCUCUGAAUCAUACAUUCUGUUAUAGUUAAACAUGCAGUUCUUGUUAGUUAUUUUGCCGAACUUCAUAUUAGAUUGAUCACAGUUUCAUGUGAUGGCUCAUAUAACAAUCUCAUUUCUUUGUACUUUAUCUAGUAAAAUAUGAAAACAGAAAUGCUCUUGUAAGCUCUACUGUUUUAAGUUUAUAUGCCCAUCCCAUUUAAAUAAUGGUGCCAGGACAUUAAGUGUUACCCCGUCUGUCGGUCCAGUCAGUACGUUCAACUAACAUUAGUUUCCAACUAAUAAGAUUUGUACACCUUUUAAGGAUUCAAUUUAUAAUUGGUAUAUUCAACAAUAUAUCAAAACACAGGUCAAGUUUUGAUUUCAGUUACAUUCCACAAAAUUUAUACAACAUUAUGCCUUCCUUACCAAAUUAUAUGCAAAAAAUUGAUUUAUAACUGAUAAUAUUUGAAUGCUUUAGAAAUCUAUGAAGAUAUUUCAUAUAACUCUGGACAUAAUUUAACAGUCUUCAUAGUGAGGUGGAAUGUAGUGUGAAAAAUCAGGAUCAAGGUCACUACUUUGGGUCAAAGGUCAAAUAACAAAUUAAAACAUGAGAGUAUAUUUCUAUAUACAAUGUACAUGACUGGAUUUUGAUAGCAUUUAUCACAACUGUUUACCUAUGUAUACAUCUUUCUCCCUAAUCUGAAGCUUUAAGGUCCUGUUCUGAUUAAAAGCAACAGGCUCGAUUUGCUGCCAGUUGACUUAUCUAGUUAUAUACAUAUUUUGAUUACCCACUCAAUAUAAGCAUUGUUCAUUGCGUGGCAUCCAUGUCCUAUGGGCACAUUUCUAGUUUUUACUAAAUUUUGUUGUAUUAUGUCAGUCUUGUAUGUAAAUUCUUAAAACAGCACCACCUAUACCACUGGCCGUUUGCAUUAAAGCCUCUAUCAUUCUGAUUGUUAUAACUUGUGUUACCUGAAUAUGUACCAAUAAUUUAAAGGAACUCCAUUGAGGUUAUAAAGCCUAAAACAUAACAUUUGAAUUUCUACAUAAAAGAGCUGGGGCACUUGAUACAGAAAUAUAUGCACAGAUAGUUAAGAAAUAUACUUUGAAAUAAAUUGGAAAUCGUAUUUUUAUGCUUUUCUCAGCCUGAUCUGCGUGAAAUGUGUUCAAACGUUUUCAUUUUGGGUCAUUUUUUACAAUUUGAAUAAUUAUUCUUGAAAAAUGAAGUGUGCACUAAUCAAAACACAUCAAAUGGUACAUUAAUCUAGAAAAAUAAAUUUCAGUCCCAUCAUGUCAAAAAACCUCAGUGGAGUUCCUUUUACACAGUUUAUGAAGACUGACAAACUAAAUUCCAUGAUCUCCAUAUAUUUAAGCAUUUAUUUUUAUAUAACAUAUAUUUUUACUUUUAUGCAAGUUUUAACAUUAAAAGUUUAUUAUA